AUGCAUGAUAUUGGGCCUGUGCUAUGUAACCUCGUCGAGGGAUGGGUGGCCGGUCCGCUCUUCGGAAUCAACGUGGCGCUGUUCAUAAUCGUCGUGAACGCGCUGCAUGUGCGCUGGGCGGAGAGCACAAGCGCGAGAUGGUUGCUCGUUGUGAGCACCGUACAGCUGGCCAUCUCAACUGGUCAUGUCAGCGUAUUGCUUGCGCGCACCGUAAGCGCCUUCGUGUACUUGGAUGGCGCGGCGAGAGUGGCCUUCCUGUCGGACGAACGGACGCCGUUGCACACCGCUGCGCAAGCGCUGUAUACUUUUAACGACAUCAUAGCGGGUUGCAUCCUGACCUGGCGGUGUUUCGUGGUCUGGAACUACGAUCUUAGGCCAUGCAUUAUGCUGAUUGCUUCGAGCAUUGGAACUGCAGUCGCUGGCAUCGGCAGCAUCGUCAGACUCACGUCCCUUCCUUCGGACCAAGCCACGUUCUUUGAGAGCUCGCUCAAGGCAUGGUUGACUGCGUUCUGGGUACAAUCGGUGGUUACCCAGACCGUUGCAACCGGGCUCAUUGCAUGGAAGAUAUGGUCCUCUAUCUCGUGGCGCUCCAAAGCAGUGGGGUCCCGCGAAUGGCACGCCCUCCUUGUGUUCGUCGAGUCAGGGGCUCUAUAUAGCAUCGGGACCAUACUGGUGCUGGCAUUCUACCUUCGUGGCUCGAAUAUCGGAACCAUCGUCGCCGGGAUGCUCGGGCAAUUGAGUGCCACAGCCCCAUAUCUCAUCAUCGUGCGCAGCGAAGCGCGACGUGCGGCUGCUGUAGUCACCGCGUCGAAAGCAGCCUCUACCGAGUACGCUCUGAGAGAUCUACCUAUGUCCUCACGCCAGACGCACUUUUGGAAGAAGUCGACGACCUUGUUGGGCGGUUCGUUAUCUAAGGCAGGCUUUGGGCGCAGCUCUGCAGGGACUCCCACACAAGAGUGCGGAUGGAUGCCCAAGACCAGCCUGGCUUGA